AGAGAGAGAGAGUGAGAGACCACAAGAGCCGCUAAGAGCCCGCGGAACACGGGCUCUUGUACUCAGUCCAACUCGGUCCUCGAACUGGUCCUGUGGCACGCUGCGUGGUGUGCGAGCGUGACCGGCGAACCGCACUGUUCCUGGCGUCAGUCACAGCAUCCGCGUGCUCGUGAAAAGCCAAUAAAGGGGACAAAGUCAGACGCAACGAGAGACGAGGGAUCUCGACUUCUCGGCGAUACCGCAGACUGAUCGGGCGCGAAACGGCGGGAAAACCGAACGAUUGUCUGCACAGGACCGACGCGGAGCAGUGGUGCGCGAGACAGAGCAGAUCCAUCAGCGAAAAUGAGGAGCUUGGCGGUUUGUUUGUUACUGCUGUCGACGGUUACUGCUGAAGUUCUCCUGACGUGCAAAAAUCCAAAGCCGCCAGAAUUCGGCAGAAUGACAUUGAAGUACUUCGCGGACGGCGUGUUGCACGUUAUGUUCUCCUGCAACGAAGGACUUUGGCUCAGAGGUAACAAAGUGGCGACUUGCAUCGGCGACACUUGGGAUCACCCCACGCCCCAGUGUGUGGAUAUGAGUGGACUUAAGAAUACAUUCCGACACAUUUUGCGUCCAGACAUGUACGCCGGCGACGAGCCGGCUCGUGAGAGCGUAUCCCAAGAGAGCAUGCCCCAAGAGAGCGAAUCCCCGGAGUACAAGCUUCAAGGGAGCGAGCACCAGGACGUCGGGCAGGACCGCUCGCAGUCGAAGGAUGAAUCGCAAAAGAAGGGACAUCACAGAGGAGUCGCGUCGAAGAAAGGCAGACGAACGAGGGAGCGCAGGAGGAACGGGGCGAAGAGGAGGAAGGCGAGCCAAGAGGAGCAGCCCCUGUCGAAUGUGCCUGGCGCGACAAGAUUAAAUGAGACAGUGGUGUCUCAAUUAGACACCAGCUGCACCAAGAAGAACCCCAAGAAGAGAUCUGUCAAGGCCCCCUCGAUCGAACACGCUCAUAAGCCCAGAUACGCUAGGAGGAGGAACGUACUGCCGCCGUAUAAUCGGUACAUCGUCGCGGUAUACAAGUGCGCGGAUAGUUACGUUUUCGUGGACUCGACGACCGACAGACUCUUUUGCAGCAACCGCACCUGGCUUGGCCGUCGACCGAAGUGCGUGGCGGAGAGCCAGCCGGCGAUCGAUAAAGCGAAACGUUGCGAUCAGGAUAGAGAUGAGUGCGAGCACGUGUGCGAGGAUACACCGGCCGGUAUAAAGUGCUCCUGCUUCGAUGGAUUUCGAGCUGAAGGAUCGUCCUGUAUAGACAUCGACGAGUGUGCCGAAGGCACAGCGGGGUGCGCCGACAUCUGCCGCAACGAACUCGGCUCGUAUUCCUGCGAGUGUCGUCAUGGUUUUCAUCUCGGAACCGACGGCCGCACUUGUCAAGAUGUCAACGAGUGUCUCCCGAACAACGGGCACGGUCCUUGCCAAGGCACUUGUCGCAAUCUCGAAGGUGGCUACGAGUGCAGUUGCGCGGACAUUCCUGGGUACAAAUUAGCCGCCGACAAUCACGCCUGCGAGGACAUCGACGAGUGCGCGCUGAACAACGCGAACUGCUCUCACUUGUGCCUGAACACGCCUGGGAGCGCCUUUUGUCUCUGUCCGGACGGUUUUUAUCUGACGGACAAUUGGAGGACCUGUCAGGAUAUUAACGAGUGCGAGAUCACACCGAGGAUCUGCGCCGAAGAUCUGGAUUGCGAGAAUACUGUAGGAUCCUACAAGUGCGUGAACAAGGCGCAUCCACAUAAAGUGACGAAGGUCCUGCGCGAAGAGGAUUACGACGGUGAGGAUAAAAAUGGAGACAACGAUCGCGACAACGACGACGACGAAGAAGACGACGACGACGAUGACGACGACAAUAAUGACGAUUACGGUGAAGAGAUUACGGAAAAUCCGCAGAGUCGAAAGUGCGAGGACGGCUUCGAGAGGAACGAAAAUUUGGAGUGUGUUGAUAUAAACGAGUGCAUCGAGGAGCACGACUGCCAACACAAGUGCGUGAACGAGCCGGGCAGCUACCGUUGUGCAUGUCGCAACGGCUACGAGCUCAACGAGGACGGCGUGACAUGCAGGGACGUGGACGAGUGCGAGAAACCGUCGUCCCGGCCGUGUUCUCACACCUGUCGCAACACCGUGGGCGCGUAUCUGUGCGAGUGUCCUCCAGGAUUCGUCCUGGGGAACGACAAUGCGACUUGUGCGCAGGAGGAGCCGAAGAGCUGCGCCUCCUUGAGGGAUCCUUGCUCGCAUCGAUGCGAGGACACCGAGGACGGGCCGCGAUGCGUCUGCCCGAGCGGAUACGAGCUGUCGAAUGACCGAGUGACUUGCACGGAUGUCGACGAGUGCGCUCGAGAUCCCUGCUCGCACUCCUGCGUCAACCUGGACGGCGGCUUCGUUUGCACGUGUCCGGACGGCUUAGAGAUCACCGGGAGCUCCAAGUUCGACUGCGCCGACGUGAACGAGUGCGAGAGAGGCGUCAGCGGCUGCCAACAGCUGUGCACGAAUCUACACGGCGGCUACGAGUGCACCUGUCUCCCAGGAUUCGUCCUGGACGUCGACAAUAAAUCCUGCACCGCCGUGAGCGCGUGCUCGCACAUUCGACAUGCCUGUUCGCACGGCUGCGAGAAUCACGACGGAGGAUACCGGUGCACCUGUCCGACGGGACAUCGUGUCCGACAGGACGAGCACACGUGCGUCGACAUAGACGAGUGCGAAGAGAAGUCGCACGGGUGCUCGCACGAGUGCGUGAACGAGGAAGGCGCCUACAGCUGCAAAUGUCCGCCGGGCCAUGAGAUCGGGGAGGACGGGAGGACGUGCGAGGAGGUGGAUGAGUGCGCGCGUGGCACGCACCGGUGCUCCCACGGCUGCGUGAAUCUGCCGGGAUCCUACGAAUGCGGGUGUCCUGAUGACAUGUCCUUGGACGACACCGGGAGGAACUGUGUGGUCUCCAAUGUGUGCAAACUCGCCAAUUGCAGUCAUAGUUGCGAAGAAGUUCAGGACACGUACAGAUGCAUCUGUCGGGACGGUUACGUUCUGCAGGAGGACGGAAAGACCUGCCAAGAUUUCAACGAGUGUCUCGAGGACGAACACGCUUGCUCGCACGACUGCAUUAACGUUCCCGGAAGCUUCGAGUGCGCCUGUCCGCAGGACAUGAGUCUUCUGGGGGACGGCUUCACCUGCGAGAAAUUAUGUCCUCACGGGCUUCGCUCGGACGACAGUGGUCAAUGUCAGGAUAUUGACGAGUGUUACGAGGAUAAUCACGAAUGCUCGCAUCAGUGCAUCAAUACUCACGCGACCUACCGUUGCGCGUGUCCUCCCGGUUGGCUCCUGGAGAACGACGGUCUCACCUGCGCGAGAGUAGUCGAUCCUUGCGCCAAUUCGUCCUGCUCGCAUUCGUGCGCCUCGAUGGGCUCGAGCUAUAGGUGCGAGUGUCCUUCGGGUUAUUUCUUGGAUGAAGAUGGUAGCACUUGCAAGGACAAGGACGAAUGCGACGAUAAAGCGACGAAUGAUUGCAGUCACGACUGCAAGAACCUCGAAGGAUCUUAUCUGUGUUCCUGCCCGACGGGAUUCCGCCUCGGGGAGGAUAAUCGUACAUGCAUCAUCGUUCAGGACGAAUGUCUUUGGUCGCGAGAAAAUAACAAUUGUACCUGUCCCGCAGGAUAUGUUUACUCGCAGGAGGAACACGCCUGUAAAGAUAUCGAUGAGUGUCAGGAUGGACAUAGACACAACUGCUCUCACGACUGCAUCAAUAGCAAUGGCUCUUACUAUUGCGAAUGUCCUGCCGGCUGGCGGCUUCAGGAUGACGCUAGGACCUGCGAAUUACCGAUGGAUCCUUGCGCCAAGGAUCACGGCUGCUCGCACACGUGCGAGCAGGACAACGCUCAGAUUCGCUGCGGCUGUCCAGAAGGAUAUCAGCUGCAGGAUGACGAGAAGACCUGCCAGGACGUAGAUGAAUGCUUCGAGGGCUCUCACGCGUGCAGUCACGCGUGUGUGAACGUCGAAGGCGCUUAUUAUUGCGAGUGUCCUGCGGGAUACCAACUGAGUGACAAUCGCAAGACUUGCGAGGACGCCAACGAGUGCUCGUCGAAGGACGCCGGCUGCUCUCACGGCUGCCUCAACGCGAACGGCACUUUUAGUUGUACGUGUCCGCAAGGACACGAACUGUUGGACGACGGCAGGACCUGCGUCCGCCGGAAUCAGUGUUUCGUUGAGAAUGGCGGAUGCUCGGACACUUGUAUCUUCACGGGCGACUCAGUUGUCUGCGAUUGCCCCCACAGCUUCGAGCUGGCGGCGGACGGUGCGACCUGCGAGAAGAUCGAUCCUUGCAGCGAGGACCACGGCUGCUCCCACGAAUGUGUCGGCAAGUCUGACGGCCCUCAUUGCCGGUGUCCCUUGGGAUACGCUCUCUCGAGUGACAAUAGGACUUGCGAGGAUGUCAACGAGUGUAUCCUGGAUAAUGGAGGAUGUUCUCACCUCUGCGCGAACACGGAGGGAGGCGUUGAGUGCGCGUGCCCUGACAACUACAAGCUGUUGACGGACGACAACAGGACGUGCGUCGAGAUAAACGCGUGCUCCAUCGACAACGGGGGAUGCUCGCACUUCUGUCAUCACGAGGACGGCCGAGCAUCCUGUUCCUGCCCGUCCGACAUGAUUUUGGAGAACAAAACCGUGUGCAUACACGAGAACAAAUGUCUGAAGGACAACGGCGGUUGCUCACACUUGUGCUAUCACGAGGACGGAAACGUGACUUGCGCCUGUCCACCCGGCAUGACAUUGACGGAGGACCCGAGUUUCUGCGUUCACGAGGAUAAAUGCGCGAUCAAAAACGGCGGCUGUUCCCACGUGUGUCACAACGAGAAUGGCAACGUGACGUGCUCGUGCCCCCCAGGAAUGUCCCUGUCGCAGGACGACGACACUUUCUGCGUUCACGAGAACGACUGUCUCGUCCAGAACGGCGGCUGCUCGGACAUCUGCGUCUUCACCGGCGACUCGGCCUACUGCGACUGUCCCUCCGGCUACCGACUGUCACGGCAGGAUAACGCCACCUGCAUGGACGUGGACGAGUGCCUGGAACUGCUGGACAACUGCACCCAUCAGUGCCUCAAUACCGCCGGCGGUUUCGAGUGCGACUGCAACGUCGGUUUCCGGAAGAAUUCGGAAGACUCGACUCUCUGCGACGACAUCGAUGAGUGCGAGAUCGAGAAGGCGGGAUGCUCGCACACCUGCUUGAAUCUGGUGGGCUCCUUCCGAUGUCUGUGUCCGGCUGGGUAUGCGCUGAAGCGGGACAGCAACAGGACCUGCGUCCUGGUGGACGGUUGCAAGCGUGACAAUGGGAAUUGCUCUCAUCACUGUCACCAGGAAGAAAGCACGGACGGAAACCCGGUCACUCGUUGCUCCUGCCCGCUCGGCUUCCGCCUCAAGCCGGAUCGCAGAACCUGCGAGGACAUCGACGAGUGCGACGAGUUCCAAAAUGACAUCGACUCCGGCUGCUCGCACACGUGCGUCAACACCGAGGGCGGCUAUUACUGCGAGUGCCCGGCCGGCUACAUCCUCAUGCCGGACGACAAGAAGAACUGCGUGGACGUGAACGAAUGUCUGACCAGUCGCCACAAUUGCACCCACGACUGCGUGAACCUGCUGGGCAGCUACGUUUGCGCCUGCUACGAGGGCCACUAUCUGCACUCCGACAAGUCCACCUGCCUGGACAUCGACGAGUGUAAGGAGAGGAACGGCGGCUGUUCCCACGUCUGCACCAACACCAUCGGCGGCCACUUCUGCUCCUGUCCGGUCGGCUACGAGCUGACGCAGGACGAGAAGACCUGCGUUGACACGGACGAGUGCAAAACCGGCGUGGCCGACUGCGCGCUCACCUUCGAGUGCGUCAACACCUUGGGCUCUUGGGAGUGCGUUUGCCCGGAAGGACGAGUGCCUUCGAACGACUCGCACAGCUGUGUCGAGGCGGACCAGUGUCAACUGGACAAUGGCGGAUGUUCGCACGCCUGCUUUCACAUCGCGACGAGCGUUCGGUGCAGCUGUCCUGUGGGUUUGCGACUCGGCGGCGAUGGCAAGGUGUGCGAGGACGUCGACGAGUGCGCGACAGAGAACGGCGGCUGCUCCGACGUGUGCGUGAACCUCAAGGGCACCUUCGAGUGCCGGUGCCCCGCCGGAUAUCACCUCGGGAACGACUCGAGGAACUGCCUGGACGUGAACGAGUGCGCGUUCGCGAACGGCGGCUGUGCCGACGGUUGCGUGAACCUCGAGGGCGACUACCGUUGCGAGUGCUCGCCGGGCUACCGAUUGGCGUCGAAUCGCAAGGACUGCGACGACAUCGACGAGUGCGAGGUCAGCAACGGCGGCUGCGGCGACCACACGUGCGUCAACACGCUGGGCUCCUUCCGCUGCGAGUGCCCGGAGGGCCACGAGAUGUGGAACGGGACCUGCCGAGCUCCCGAUCCCUGUCGACGUCGCAACGGUGACUGCGAGCAGAUUUGCGACGCGGUGAACGGCACCGCGGUGUGCUCGUGCAACGUGGGCUUCCGCAGAGACGAGGUCGACGGGUUCAGGUGCCGCGACAUAGACGAGUGCGAGGGGCAGCACAACUGCGAGCACAUUUGCGUCAACAAGCCCGGCUCGUACGAGUGCAGGUGCAGGGACGGCUUUCGGAUGGUGAAUUCCACCUGUGUCGACAUCAAUGAGUGCGAGUGGCGUCGCGGCGGUUGCGAUCAGGAGUGCAUCAAUACUGUGGGGUCCUUUAGCUGCGCCUGCCGCGCCGGAUACGUGUUGAAGUCCAGCAGGAGGCUGUGUCACGACAUGAACGAAUGUCUGAGCCGGAACGGGGGUUGCAGCGGCGAGUGCAUCAACACCGCCGGAAGCUACUACUGCCUCUGUGGUGAGGAUUUAGUGUUGGCACCCGACGAGAGAACUUGCGUCUCGCCGACGUCGAGGUGUCGCGCCAUGGAGCCGCCGUUGCACGGAGAGAUCAGAUGUCCGGGUCACCCUUCCGGCGCAUCCGUCUACCCGCAGGGUGCCAAGUGUCAUGUCCGAUGUCGCGGAGGAUUCCGACUGGAAGGGGCGCACACGAGACACUGCGUUAUCGCCGGCCGAUGGAACGGGAAAGAGCCUAUCUGUCUGCGUGAAGUUGCGACAGAGCCCCUUUACAAGCCAAACAUGCCACGACCGUUCGUGAGCUGCCCCCAGGAUAUGGACGUCGAACUACCGGCUAGGCAAAAUACGAUACGUGUAACGUUCCCGCAACCGAAGUCCAACAUGAACUGGUGGAGAUACGUACACGCCUCACCCCCGUGGGCGAAGCAAUUGCAAGCGGAUCUGCCGCCGGGCACGACGAUCGUUACCUUCACGGCUUGGUCGCCGGUCUCUAAUUACACCAGCACCUGUAGAAUCGUGAUAAGAGUCCGAGACACCGAGAACCCCAAAGUCACCAUGUGUCCCACGUCCUUCGAAGUGAGACUCAGCCCGGGCGAGCGAAGCCGUUUGAUUUUCUGGCAAGAACCGACGUUCACCGACAACAUUGGCGUGGAGCAUGUUUAUAAAACAAGGGGUCCCGGACACGAGAUGUAUCCCGGCGUUCACAGCGUGCGCUACGUCGCCUCGGACGCAGCCGGAAAUCGAGCCGAAUGCCAUUUCUCGAUACACGUGAGAGAAUCCGAGGAUGGCCACGACUCCGAGCCGAGAUUCUACAGAAGAAAGAUGCUGAUGUGUCCCGGCAGACCGCCCCAGCCGGUGCCGGCUUCUUCUUACGGGUGGCAAAUACCGAGCGGCUGCUACCUGAGAUACACCAGGAUCUUCUCCGGCGCUUAUCAGAGAUACCCGGAGCAUCGGCAGAACGGCUAUCAAGACUCGGCCAGGGUUCCCUAUCGCGAGCUGCCGCCCAUCCAAGAGACCCACAGUCGUCCAGUCACUGGCAGAACUUACGACGUUGACGAGCAUCGACACUCGGGGCGACAACAAUAUCACCCCAGGCAGGAGCAGCGGCAGCAGCAGCAGCAGCAGCAGCAGCUGUUGCACAGGCAAUAUCGGCAACGCGCUAUAAGGACCGAUCACGUAGUUUCGCCACCGACUCAUUACGGCGCAGGCCGCGUCGAGACUAGAAUAUUGCCGCGGCAUGAAUGCUGCACGUAAGGGGCCCGUCUGGCGGGCCGUGAACGACGUGUAAUAAGCGAACGUAAGUUAACCCGGCCGUGGGAGGAAAAGCUGUCGCGUAAAUCCCGACUAAAACCGCGAACACCUGCGCGUGCGGGAAAGUCUCGCAGGAGCCGGCGGAGAGCCCGCCUUCCUGUUCUUCGAUGGAGAUUGAUUACUAUAAUUGACUCCGUGAGUCGCGUGCUCUCGUGCCGCGGAGAACACAGCGAUGCGAGCCGAGCGAGACUUCCGGCUGGUAUUCUCAUUUUGUAAGUGCCUUUCGUUGAUAUUCGUUAAUCAGCACUUCUGGUAACAGCCGGAGAAAUGUAAUCCCAUUCUCAGCGGGAUCCUCUUGCAUCGAAAAAGAAAAGCAGCUAAGAAGGGAAGCAGUUGAAUCGACAGGAUCAGCGGUCAUCCGUCUCCCUUCAAAGACAUAUUGUAUUUAUAGAAUAAAUUGUGCGACAAGGAGUUGCGUUAAUAUGGAGCUGCUAACCAAAUCGCAAUCAUUGAAUUAAUUGAUGAUUCUCGUCGCAAUAACUAUAUCAUUCGUUCAACCGACUAAACGUUUGCUUCAGUGAAUUUCGUUCGUUUAAGCAAACUCUCAUUGACUCAACCACACAAGUAUAUGGUCUCGAGAGGGGAUUCUUCACGAAAAGGAAUGAAAAAUAUUCCAAGAAGGAACACUCGAAUGGAAAUUUUGAUCCCACUUUCAACCUCAAUACUCCAUUUCACGUCUAUCUUGACAUUCCGAAGACAUUACAUUAACCUUUUUUGAUCCUAUUUAAAUUACUAGCUUUGCUGAGAGGUCCUCUUUAGAACUUACGAAUCGAUUACGUUUUUUGCUAUUUAAAAGCCUUAAAUAGAGCUUUAGUUUCCAUGUGUAUCAAAUAUACAUUUCAAAACACACAGAAACUUCAAGUCUAAAGUAGGGCUAGAAUCUCGAUUCGGGUGCUGUCUCUUAUAUUCUGAGCGAAAACUUUGGUCAAAAGAAUAUUUCUCUUCUAAUGAAGACCCAGUAAACAUCAAUUAACGAUAACGUUACGUCAUUGUUAUAAUUUCCCACUCAACAAUAUAAUAUCUGUUACAUAUGUUGAUUGGGAGAGGAAUAAUAUUGUACUUGAAAUAUUUUCUUAUUGGUCGCAGUAGAGUCCUCUUGAAGCCAUGUACGGAGUGACUAUCGCCACUUGGAAUAUCUUCUAGGCGAAAAACAGAGAUGAUCUCUUCCGAUCUUCGAAGUUACUCUACUUAGAAGAAGAAGCGUUCUCUCCUAAGUGGAGCAACUUCGAGGAUCCGGCCAGGCCAACUCUGUUUUUUGCUCCUAAGGCAUUCCAAGUGUUGGCAACAGAGCUCAGCCUGUACAAGAAAAUCCCGCCAAGAAUGAGAUGACAUAAUCAGAAAUCGAGAAUAUACUCGGAUACUAGAAAAAAGUGCCUCACGUCCGAAAUUCUCACGCUCCCGUGAAGCAAUUAAUGUCUCGAGCUCGUUGGACGGAGCGUUUUAGAUAAACGCGCGCUUCGUACUUUUUACUCGCGCGGAGUCAUUGCCUUAAUCGACAAUAUCGUAGUUGUCACGGUUGACGAGACAAAUAGCCGCGGCCGCGGCCGAGGAUGCCUUCUUAAGAUUAAGAUUAAUACGCAGAGCGGAGAGGAAGAGAGAAGAGGAGGAGCCGCGCGAAACGGCGCGGCAUUCGCGGUCGUCCCGAUCGAAUCGAUUCGCAAAUCGACCGGUCGAUCGGGCCGCGCGGAGGCCGCGACGGUUCGUGCCGGGCCCCGUUCGUUGAUUCUUGUAAUAUACAUACGUACAUGUAUGUAUACACGUAUAUUUAGUACAUAAAUUUUAUACAUCUAUCAUAAUACCGUACGAUGAUAAUCGAUCGUUACACCGUAACAAUGAUAUGCGAGAGUGUGUGACGUAGAGGAGAGUAUCAAUAAAUAGUAAACGAAAA